AUAGAUUUCGACUGUGCGCGACUAAAGAUGUUACGACGAUGGAUUCCCAAGCCGCUCCUGCUGAUUCUCGUCCUCGCUGUUUUGGCCAAACUCCAGGAGUCCAAGGCAGCUAGUUUCUGCACCAAGGCGGAUCAGUGCGCCCUGGAUGAGGAGUUGAGGCCAGCUGCAGUUCCAGCGUCUGUCCAAGCCCGCUACGAUCACACUCGCAUCUACCAAGUGGAACUGGCCAGUGAGGAGCACGUCCGGAUCUUUCAGGCCCUGGAAUUGGCCAGCGACUCGUGCUCUUUUAUGGGUCAUGCCCGAGCGGUGGGUCAAAAACUUACCAUUAUGGUUACGGCUGCCAAGGUGGCCGACUUCGAUGACCUGGUGCACAGCUACAACGUGACCCACCGGGUGUUGAACCACAAUUUCCAGUCCUUGAUCGAUGCCAACUAUCGCGAGGUGGCUCCUGCGGGAACAACACCCGACCAAUUCGACUGGCAGCGUUAUCAUCCGCUGGAGGGCAUCUACGCUUGGCUGGAGAGUCUGGCCAAGAAGAGGCCCGAUGUGGUUGAAAUGGUGGAUCUGGGUGCCAGCACCCAGGGAUUGCCCAUCAAGGGUGUGAGGAUCGCAUUUGGAAAGGAGAAUCUGACCAGUGUCUUUGUGGAGAGUGGCAUCCAUGCUCGCGAAUGGAUUGCUCCGGCCACUGCAACGUAUUUCAUCGACCAGCUGCUGAACUCCGAAGAUCCGGCAGUUCAAGCUCUGGCCCGCUCUCAAAACUGGUUGAUUUUUCCCACCGUAAACCCCGAUGGAUAUCGCUACACCUUCCAGGGCGACCGCAUGUGGCGCAAGAACCGGGCUCUCUUCGGCAUCUGCCGUGGUGUGGAUCUCAACCGGAACUUCCCCUUUCACUGGAACGUGACGGGCGCCAGUGGAGAUCCCUGUCGCUACGACUACUCGGGACCCUCGACUGGCAGCGAGCUGGAAACCCAAAGGAUGGUGCGGUUCCUCGAGCAGCACGUUCAAACCGAUCGCAUACGUACCUUUAUUGCGCUGCACAGCUACUCGCAGAUGAUCAUGUUUCCCUAUGGACACAGCGCCGAACGCGUGGACAACUACCAGGAUCUGAAGGAAAUAGGCCAACUGGCUGUCCAGAGGAUCAGGGACUUGAGCGGUCGAGUUUACAAGAGCGGCAGCAUUUACGAGACCAUCUAUCCGUCGGCCGGUGGGUCAAAGGAUUGGGCCCAUGGUCACCUGAAGAUACCCAUUACCUUCUCGUAUGAGCUGCGUGGACCGGCGGACAGCGAGGACCUGUUCAUCUUGUCCGCCAAGGAGAUCGAGCCCACGGCCAAGGAAGCCUUCGCCUCUCUCCAAACGAUCGUGCAGGAGGCCGGUAAACGUGGCUAUUACACCCCAGCUCCCUAGCUCCAGCUUCAAUUGCCAUCCGCAACUCCAACAUCCACAUCCACGCGGAGUCACCAUCUGAUGGGGACUACGAUGAUGAUGAUAAAUGUCGUCUGGCCUGGCAGUUCACAUGAAAAACACAUUACGCGCCAUCGUUUCUUAAUGCUAAAUAAUGAUGGCAAAAUCAUGACACAAAACCUCAUAAUAAUGUUGGUAAAUCAAAGCAAAUAUAGUCAGGCUCGAACAACCUUACAAAAAUA